GGUGAUGAGAUAGAUACCAUGCCUCCUUUCCAGCAGAUUAUCAUCCAGGGCUCCGUUUCUACGUGGGCAGGGAUCUCCGUGGGAUCAGCCUGGCGGUUAAAUCAUGCAACAUAACCACAGCCUCCUAUAAAUACACAGCAUUAAUCAUAGAAUCGCUUGUGUGUUUCUCAAAGUUGCCAGUUGCACAGUCAGUCCAUCUCAUUGCCAUCUUACGACUUAGCAAGGUCUCAUCUGGGAUCUCAUCCACUCAGUGACAAUGGUUCAAUCUGUCUUCCUCCAUACCCUCCUGGCCCUCAGUGCCCUCACCUCGGUCCACGGUGCCAAUUCUCCGGGCUGCGGCAAAAAGCCCACUCUUGCCAGUGGUGUCCAUAACAUAAAUGGCCGCGAGUACAUCCUCAAAGUCCCUGACAACUACGAUGCGAACAAACCACAUCACCUGAUCUUCGGCCUUCACUGGCGCGGCGGAAACAUGAACAAUGUCGCGUACGGCAACAGUAUCCAGCCCUGGUACGGCCUCGAAGCCCGGGCGAAGGGCAGCGCCAUCCUGGUAGCACCAAAUGGCCGAAACGCCGGCUGGGCCAACACCAACGGGGAAGACGUGGCCUUCAUCGACGCCAUUAUAAAACAAGUUGAGGGCAACCUCUGUGUGGACCAGAGUUCUCGCUUCGCGACGGGUUUCUCCUGGGGCGGUGGAAUGAGCUAUGCCCUUGCUUGCUCGCGGGCUAAGGAGUUCAAGGCUGUGAGCGUUUUGAGCGGUGGCGUGAUCAGUGGGUGUGAAGGGGGCCAUGAUCCUAUUGCCUAUUUGGGGAUUCAUGGGAUAAACGACCCCGUUCUUCCGUUCGAUGGGGGCGUGGCGCUGGCGAAUAAGUUUGUAGGGAAUAACCACUGCCAGCCGACGAACAUUGGUAAGCCUUGGUCUGGAAGUCACGGGUCCACUCGAACGGACUUUAAAGGCUGCUCCAAGCCAGUUUCGUUUAUUGCUUACGAUGGUGGCCAUGAUGGUGCGCCGCUUGGCGUGGGCAGCUCGCUGGCUCCGGAUGCCACCUGGGAGUUUUUCAUGGCAGCUUGAGGCUG